UCUUCACUUUGUCCUCCCUUUUCAUUUCCUUCCCUCUCCUCUCCCAAAGUCUCUUGGGUCUCGUCGUCCACUCCGCCUUUAUACAUACGGCCUCCUUCUUGCGUCAUCCCACUCACCAGAGAGCCAGCUCACUCCUCAUUGUCCGCCAGCCUACUUGGCCGACCUUCGUCACACACAGUGCCCCUCGUUUCGUCUCGGCCUGUUCAGCUGCCCUCACGACCUCGUACCAUGUCUUCAUCCAUCGCCAUUCCCGCGGGCCCUUCGGCCACGCCCUCAUACCACAAGGGCACCGCUUCCUCUUCCAACAGCCCGUACUCGAGCUCGCCCUCGUCAUCCCCGCCUUCGGCCGGCAAGCACAAGGCCCUGCACAACCGCCGCCCGAGCCUCCUGAGCUCUUCUCUCUCCAAGCAAGAAUGCACCGUCAUUAACAUCGGCGAGCCGGACGGCCCUCCUCGGCUGAUCUCCUACCUCUCCUCUAGCCAGGGCUUCGCCUGGAAUCCUGAGAUCUUCCUCCCUUCGUACAUCGACUGCGACUACGUUCCCCUCGAGAAUCGCCGAGACCCCGUUCACGAGAUCUUCCUCACUGACGAGGAGUCUAAGAACAUGCUGCCGCAUUAA